UCUGCCGAUAAUGUAGAUAGAAGGUAAAAGACAACUCUUUAGCUCUACCUACUGGGUAGGAUAGCAAGUGUUACAAUCUUGUGUAUUGUAUUACUCGUUUUUUUGUGUAUGGUAUGUAUCUAAAUCUUGAAACGAAAAACAUCGACAGAUGGCUCGAGAUCAUGUUAUGAUUAAUAUUUCUGGUUGAAUUUAUAUAAAUGUAUAAGAAUAUAAGAUAAUUAAAGUUAAGUGUCAAAUACAGCAUUGGGAAUAAUUAAUAUAAGGACAAUGUUUCUGAAUAUGAAUUGAAGUUGAAGUUAGUUUCAUAUAUUUGUGCAUUGGGGUAAAUAGCAAAUGAAACAUGGCGUUUGUUUCUUUCAUAUGUUCCGAAGAUAUUGCUUCUUGAUUUUUUUCUUUCGAGUUUUCAAUUAUCGACGGGAAUAACGUUCCGAUGCACUAAAGUUUCUUUUCGGUUACAACACUUGACCUCAAGUGUACAAACAAUCAAUGGUUAUUUACCAUUUGCUUAAAGGUUCAAAAAUGAAAAAAGUUAUUGUUAUUUGUGUCUAUUGAGAUGUGGAAGAUUUUUCAAAUACAAAAGAAUACAACAUGACGUCACGCAGUUACACAAAAUCUUACAGCCGUAAGGUCACUAGUAUGACACCUGGGAGUAUUCAAUUUGAUAAGCUUUUUAGGGAAAAUAGUAAUCGACCCUCUGCUGCCAAAUCAGCAGGUACUGUUGGAAAAUGGGGUAUAACAUCGUUUACAUCUAUCAGGAGCACCAAUAUCAAUGGAAGAAGAGAUGAUAUCCAUAAUACGUUUGGUGCAAAAAGAAUUAAACUUGAUUAUGGAAAUCAAAAUAGUCGUGUAAAUUCUGGAAAAGAUCCAUUUUCAUUUGAAACCGACCCUGACAAUAAAUCAGAUGUUGCACCACCAGUUAUUAAACCUAAGAAAUUUUUUAAAAGUAGAAAUGUUCCAUCUACGAUAGAAGAAUCUCGCCAAGAUGUGGCAAUAUGUAGACAAGUACCUGAUUCACAUUAUGGUAGAGCUCGUGCCCAAAAAAAUUGUCCACAGCCACCACCAAAACAAACUUUAACAAAAGUAUCAAGUGUUCCAGCUAAGAAAGUAGCUGAUACUUUAGAUGGAACCAAUAAUGAUCCUCCUGUUAGAGAAGAAGGGAAACCACCUAUUGUAUUAAGAAUAUGUAAAGGUACAGCACGACUAGUCUGUGGAAAUGUGCAGAAUUCUCAAGAACCUGAGCCUGAAACAUACAGAAUUUCUACACCACUUAUUAGUCCCACUAAAGUAGAUAGUGAACAUAAAAGCUUUAAUGUGGAUACAUUGAAAACUGAUAACAAGACAGUUCGUCAACAUGAACCUAUUAUCUCUACUGUUUCAAUACCUAUAGAAAAUUCCGAAAUGCGUAGAACUACUCGUAGUCGAGCAAAAAAUCUGCAUUUAGAGUUAACAACAACAACAACAACUUCUGUUAUGUCUACACCAUCAGCAACACCUAAUUCACAUAGUUCUGGUCUUUCUUUAACUCUUAGAAAAUCUGUUACUGAUUCCAAUAAUACACUAAUAUCUCAUUAUGAUAUUGUUAAGACUGAUUGUAGUUCAACAUAUUCUUGUAAGCCAACAAUUGAACCAUUAAUUGGCCGUGAUCAACCACUGCCAACUACAACUCAAGAAUUAAUUGACAUAUUAUCAAGUGAUUCUGAUCCUAUGCAAACAAGGCCAAUAAUAAUAAAUGCUCCAGAGACUGAGGAAAAUGCAGAGGUUGUUCAAAAUGAAGUUCAACAUUGUUCAAUAGAUAUUCCAGCAAAUGAAGUGGUUGCUAGACCUAUUGCAGAACAGGAAGUAGAACCAGAUCCUGAACCUGAACCUGAACAUGAACCAGAACCUGAACCUGAAGCUGAAGCUGAAGCUGAAGCUGAAGCUGAAGCUGAAGCUGAAGCUGAAAUUGAAGCUGAAGCUGAGGCUGAGGCUGAGGCUGAAGCUGAACUAGAACCAGAAGCAGAGGCAGAAUUAGAACCAGAACCAGAAUUAAGACCUAAUACUGAAAUAGAAACUGAACAACCAGCUCGUAUCAAUGAUAAUGAUACAGCUACUGCAAGAACUUUAGUUGAUCAAGAUUGGUUUUCUGGAAGUGAUGACAGUGAAGGUGUCAGUGGUAAUCCAGAAAGUGAUAUAGCAUUGCAUGUAACAAGUACAGUCACAGAAUCACAGUCAUUAGAUACUCCGUGCACGACUGUUCAGAAACCGGCUACUAAGAAAGGUAGCAUUUUUAAAAGUCGUUCAACGGGUGCGACAAAUGGAAAUAAAAGACGAGCAUUGUACAUACAUAAAUGGUGUGAUAGUGAUAAAGAAUCUAAUACUACAGAUACCACUAAUACUGGCAAUACUACACCAACUAUUGCUUCAGGUUCCCACAGUGGUACAGGACCUGUAGAAUUUGAAGAAUUUGAUGCUUCAAAGCUAACAAGAGUGGUAACAUAUCCUGAAACUGAUACAGACUUUCCAGAUGAAUCUGAUGUUGUAACAAGUGUUCGUUGCGGCAGGAAAAUUAAGGGUUUUUACACUGUAGUAAAAAAUGUGAAAAAAGCUCACCAAAUUCAAGAAAGUGGAGAAUUCCAAGAGUUUAAUGACGACGUUGAAUAUAUAUUAGACACUUUAAGAGAAAAUAAUCCCAAUGCUACUCGUUGCCUUUCAGCUAUACGAUUAGCAAGUAAAUGUAUGGCACCUGCAUUUCGCAUGCAUGUACGUGCUCAUGGAACUGUUGCUAAAUUCUUUAAAGCUCUUCAUGAUGCAACUAAAGAUCAGAGCCUUGCUUUAUGCACAGCAACAGUAAUGUUUGUAUUAAGUCAAGAUCGUUUAGCUAUGGAUUUAGAUCGCGAUUGUUUGGAAUUAAUGUUAAGUUUAUUAGAAUCUGAUGCAAGUCACAAAGAUGCACUUGAUGAUUGUGGCCUUAGUCGGGCAGAACUUUUAAAAAAUAAAGAGAAAGUACGUCAGUUAUGCGCUGAUAUUCAAGCUCAAGGACAUGCUAAACACUUAAAUCUUGAUAAUAUAACUGUUGGACAACUUGCUAUGGAAACACUUCUUAGUCUUACAUCUAAACGUGCUGGUGAAUGGUUUAAAGAAGAACUUAGAGAACUGGGUGGAUUAGAACAUAUUGUAAAAACUAUCAGAGAUUGUCACCGUCAUAUUAAUACCCAAGAUAUUACAAGAUCUGGCUGGACAGAUCCAUUAUUAGAUAAAUUACGUAAAGUUGAUAGAUGUUUACGUGUAUUAGAAAAUGUUACUGAUAUGAACGAAGAAAAUCAAGUAUAUUUAUUAAAAUAUGAAGAUGGAAUUUUAGUCAGCACUUUAGCAAAUUUGUAUCAUCUUUGUGGACAAGAAAUUCCUAUUUACCCUACUAUAGAUUCAAGUGAUAAAACUUCUACUGGUGCUGUUAUUAGAGAAUGUCUGUUUGCUAUUAUAAAAGUUCUUAUUAAUCUUACACAUCGAUUUAAUAGACAAUCUUUCGGAAGCAAAUCAUUAGGCUCGCAACCAGGUGUUUUAGACUGUAGUUUAUAUCUUUUGUUGCGUGUACCAGAAUCACUCCCCGAAGAAAAGCGUUUUGAUAUGAUGAUGUUAGCUUUGAUUUUAUUGAUAAAUUUAGUAGAGCAAUGCGACGAUAAUAAACAACUUCUUAUCGAAUCUAAAGCUCCCCCAUCAGCGGAAGAUAUUUUUGACGUUGAACAAAGUGGAGUAGAAUGUUUGAUUGAUCUAUUUUAUAAACAAGAAGAAUUAGCUCGUGCUGAGGAACAAAAAACUGAUGCUAUUUUAGAUGGUCAGAAAGACUCUGAACAACCAGAAACUGUAUCGACGACAACUAAAUCUCAAGAAGAGUUUAUAGAAGAAACUGUUACAAAAUUGUUACAAAAAGCGGGACGUCAUAUGGAGCAUACCUUAAUAGGAGCAUACGUAGUGCUUUUACUUGGUUACUUAAUAAUGGAUAAUAAGGAUUACGAAUCAUUGGUACGUAGUAGACUUCCGGAUAACAAUUUUACUACCAUGGUAUCUGUACUUCAGAAAUUCUUUAAUUUCAUGAAUUUAACUGCGUCGAAUGAAGCGAGCAGCUGUGGAAUUCAAGCUACUGAAAAGGUGAUCAAGUUCCUAAAGAUAUCGGAUGCCAGAAUUGACGAUGAGAAAAAUGAAUUACCAUUAUCAGCGUUAGAAGAUUCAAACAUAAUGCUCCAUUUAUCUUCAUCUUGAUUGAUAUCAUAUUCAUACAUUUGAUAUUUUUUAUUACCCUGGCAUGCAAAGAGAGCCAAAGUUAUAUGUGUCCAACGAAGGAAAUUUUAUCUAUUGCAGAAUGAAUGGACCUGUUUCAUAUUGACCAUAUAUUUUGAUAUAUAUUUAUUCAUUUACAUAAUUUAUUGCUGUACCUUUCAUUAAAUUGACUUAUUUUCCCAUUCGCAGUAACAUGUUAGAUAUUAAGCAUAAGUUAAUUAAAAUAUGCAAAAACUAAUACAAUAAAAACCGCGCCUUGUAAUUA